CCGUACUUUCUCGCUUUGCGAAAGUCGCCGAAUCAAUUGCUUUGGGCAACUGGGGCAACGAAUUCUCGGUUUUGGAUAAUUGUCAAGUUUGUCAAGUAAACGUUCUGGAGGAUUGACACGUGAUUGUACAUGUAAUAAAUAUACGGAUAUUCGAAAUAUCAAAGUCUGUGACAUUUCGGUCAAAUUAAUAAACGUCAGUCAAUAUCUAAAUGGCGGACGUUCGUGAUAUUUUAGACAUCGAAGUACCAACAACUCCUGAGGUGACAAAAGAGGCAAUAUUUGGAGGGGACAAGAAAAACAGAAAAAAAUAUGAGUACAAAGUUCCAAAGCGGCCCGAAGGCAUGCACAGAGAGGUUUUUGCUCUACUUUGCAAGGACAACAAUGAAGUUCCGCCACUCUUCCCUACGGACACUGGAAAAGGUUACAAGCAAACAAAGGCAAAACUUGGAAUGCGCAAAGUUAGGCCUUGGAAGUGGACUCCAUUCACUAAUCCUGCUAGAACUGAUGGUGCCGUAUUUCAUCACUGGAGACGAGUUGCAGAUGCUGGAAAAGAGUACCCUUUUGCAAAAUUCAACAAAAAAGUUCCAAUCCCUUCGUACACUGAUGGCGAAUAUGUUCAGCAUUUAGUAACGAGUGGAUGGACUAGGUCAGAAACAGAUCACUUAUUUGAUUUGUGCAGAAGAUUUGAUCUUAGGUUUAUCAUCAUCAGAGAUAGAUGGGAUCGUAACAAAUUCCCAGAUAGAUCAGUUGAAGAUCUGAAGGAACGCUAUUAUCAAGUCUGCGCUGCUUUGACAAGAGCAAAAUCCCACAAUGAUAAAGUUUAUACGUUCGAUGCGGAGCAUGAGAAGAGACGAAAGGAGCAACUGAAAAAAUUGUUUGAUAGAACACCUGAACAAGUGGAAGAGGAGCAGACUUUAUUGGCUGAAUUACGAAAAAUUGAACAGCGAAAAAAAGAAAGGGAUCGUAAGACCCAAGAUCUACAAAAGCUCAUCACCGCAGCAGAUCAUCAAGUCGAUUCUAGGAAAACUGAAAGGAAAUCUACCAAAAAAAAUAAUAGCUCAAAUAGAAAUAGACCUGCUAAGGUUGAUUCCGCUAAUGUGAGUUUUGUCUUGAAUAGUCAUUGCUAUUUUUCAACUGGAGCUUGUCGUUCUCUGAUGAUAUUCUCAAUAACCAAUAAUUUCCAGGUCGUCGAAUCAGCUGGAAUCAAGUUUCCUGACUUCAAAAAUAGCGGAGUGAGUCUUCGUUCACAAAGGAUCAAGUUACCCAGCAGUCUUGGCCAGAAAAAAAUGAAAAGCAUUGAACAAAUGCUCACUGAGCUUCAUUUGGAAUUAAAUCCUCCACCAACGGAACAGAUCUGUCAACAGUUCAACGAAUUGCGUAGCGAUAUCGUACUCCACUAUGAGCUCAAGGGUGCUCUAGCUACUUGUGACUAUGAGCUACAGUCAUUGCGACAUCAAUAUGAAGCAUUAGCUCCUGGCAAGACUUUAACUAUUCCACCCUCACUUCUGCCCAAAGUUAUACCUGAAGUGAAAGCAGAUAUUAUCGAUGUCGUCGGAUCGCCUAGUAUACCCAAUGUAACCCAAUAGAACGGCGAAUUUACAUCCUAUACGUUUCAUUUUCAAGCAUAAGGGAAAUAGUAGAAAAAAUAUACCUAUUAAUAUUUUAAUAGAAUCUUCAUUUAUA